AUGAGUGACAAGAACACCUCAAAACCACAGAAGAAGGGGAUUGCUCGCCCGACUCGAAGGGGCUCGAAGGCACCAAGUACUCCUACCAUCAGCAAGAACCCGGCCCUGCGCAAGAGCAGCAGAACUCAAGCUGCCGAUGCGGAGGAUGACAAUACAGACACCCAACAGCCACAAAAGGCCGAGUCUGGAAACAAGCAAUCACGAAAGUCGAAGACGAAAUCCAUAUUGAACACAACAGCUGAAGACGCCGAAGACGACGACCAACCAGAAGAGGACGAAGCUGAAGACAAGAGACUACCGACAUCCAAAUCCAAGCUCAAAUCUCUGUCAAAGAAAGCGACCGACAUAUCCAAGGACACAGAAGUCGGAGACACUCCACUCUACAAUCGUGCUUACGUGGACGCUCACAAAGAUACUGAGGACUUCCAUCACAGGGGCAAUGGACGAUGGUCGCGUGGACUACCGGGACCGAACGCUAACGUUAUGUCAGCCGUGGUGGGACCAGGAGCAGAGGCGUGGAAGGCGGCGAGGAAGUAG